AUGCUAAGAUUUAUGGCACCGGAAGCACAAAAUCAGGACCUUCAAACGGCGGCGAGCAACGUUUGGUCGUUUGGUGGGCUGUGUUGGGAGGUGUUGGGUGGUUGCCGUGAGCGUGUCCCUCUUCCAUCGCCCAUUCCCCUUCCACCAGCUCUUCUUUCUCCGCCCGGUCUUCACGAGACUCUCCUCUCAUUGUGCUUGUCUCGAAAUCCACAAAAUCGACCCACUUUCAGCUUUAUUCAUUUACAAUUGCAAACUUUGUUGUCAGCUCAUAUC